AUGGCGGUAACGGAGGAGCCAAUUUCUCUCAGCAACACGCACCAGGAAGGUUCUCGCCAGUCCAUUGAGGAGGAGCCGGCACAGGCCUUCCACGAGACUGAGCGAUGGAACUAUCCCCGCUCCAAUGUGUUCAAGACCCUCGCUACCUUCUGGAGUUUCCUGGUGAUGGGUAUGAACGAUGCAGCUUAUGGCCCCCUCAUUCCCUACCUCGAGAGAUACUACCACCUCUCCUACACAGUGGUGUCUCUCGUCUUCUUCUCACCGCUAGUCGGCUAUACGGCGGCUGCCUUUCUGAACAGCCGCAUUCACAACAAGCUGGGCCGUCGAGGCGUGGCCUGGUUGACGCCUAGCUGCCAUAUAAUCGCAUAUAUCAUCAACUGCUGCCAUCCUCCCUACCCUGUGUUGAUUGUCUCGUUCAUCUUUGCAGGGUUCGGGAAUGGUUUGGGCGAUGCCUCGUGGAACACCUGGAUAGGCAAUAUGGCCGACUCCAACCAAAUUCUAGGCCUGCUUCACGGACUCUAUGGUGUUGGUGGUGUGAUUAGUCCGUUGAUUGCGACUUCGUUGAUCACAAAAGCCAAUGUUCCAUGGUACUAUUACUACUACAUCAUGAUCGCCUGCGCGGCCACUGAACUGGCCGUCUGUGCCUCAGCCUUCUGGGACGCCUCGGCAGAAAGAGACAAGGCCCGGGAACCCCAGGAAGCGGUCGACACAAAGGCAGGACUCCGCGAAGUGCUCUCCAAGAAGUCCUAUGCGCGAGUGACCUGGAUCUGUGCCAUCUUCCUGCUGGGAUACGUUGGCAUCGAAGUUGCCUUGGGCGGCUGGAUUGUUUCAUUUAUGAUCCAGGUUCGACAUGGCCAAUCCUUCGCGAGCGGCAUGACGGCCACUGGAUUCUGGCUAGGAAUUACCAUGGGCCGGAUGGCUUUGGGCUUCAUUACUCCACGUAUCGGUGAGAAAUUGGCCAUCAUCGUAUACUCCUGCUGUGCAAUCACCGCGGGUCUCGUCCUCUGGUUGGUGCCAAAUUUCUACUCCUCCGCGGUGGCCGUCUCGUUGCAAGGGUUCUUUCUGGGACCGUUCUUCCCAGCCGCGGUGGUAGUGGCUACCAAGCUCCUGCCUCGCCAUCUUCACGUCAGUGCCAUUGGAUUCGCUGCUGCGUUUGGCGGGGGAGGUGCGGCUAUCCUGCCGUUUGCUGUAGGUGCUAUUGCGCAGGCGCGUGGAGUCAAGGUCCUGCAGCCGUUCAUCAUUGGACUUUCCGGAGGGAUUCUAUUGUUGUGGCUAGGUUUGCCCCGGCUGCCGAAAAAGAAUCAUGCCUGA